AUGACAAAUAGUCCUCCAUUAGCAACUACACAUCAGAGCAACGGUACUAAUAAAGCAAUGAUAGACAAAGCGAGAACUUCUAUAAAGUCAGAUUUGGAAUCUAAUAGGGUAGAAGAAUUAGACUAUCUCUUAACCAAGCUUAAACCUAAGAUCUUAGCUUAUAUCGAUGAAUCAAAUCCUCAUUCAUCAAAUUAUAAACCGGGAUCAUUGGGAACUUAUCAUGAACCCCAAUUUCUUAAGAAAGAAAUCUUAAAUGGUGAUGAUUUACAAAAGCCUUGCAGUGAUGAAGAUUUGUUUGAAGUUUUGGAUAAGAUCUUGGAUUAUUCGGUUAAUACUUGGAAUCCCGGAUUUUUAGAUAAAUUAUAUGCUUCAAAUAAUCCAAUUGGUGUAAUUGGUGAUAUUAUCUUGAGUGUCUUAAAUACCAAUUCUCAUGUAUAUACAGUUUCACCCGUGUUAUCUGUGAUUGAAAAUUAUAUUGGUAAGAAAUAUGCGCAAUUGUUUUUUACCCAAGAUCAAGAAACGUGUGGCGGAUUGACAUUUAGUGGGGGGUCAUGGUCAAAUAUUACAAGUUUACAAAUUGCUAGAAGUUUAAGAUAUCCUGAUACGAAAGUCAAAGGUAAUGCCGGGUAUAAGUUUGCCAUAUAUGCUAGCAACCACUGUCAUUAUUCUGUUGAAAAGGCAGCUAUUUUACUCGGACUUGGGUCCGAGAAUGUGUUCAAAAUACCCGUGAAUGAAGAUGGGACAUUAAUUGUCGAGGAAUUAAGAAAGACAAUCGAAAGAACAAAAGCAGAAGGAUAUACUCCUCUUUAUAUCAAUGCUACUGCCGGUACCACCGUCUAUGGUUCCUAUGACCCCUUUGAACAAAUUGCCAGAAUUGCAAGAGAACAUAAUAUUCAUUUCCAUAUUGAUGGAUCAUGGGGAGGAAAUGUGAUUUUUUCAGCCAAAUAUCGCGACAGAUUAAGUGGAUGUCAUUUAGCUGAUUCCAUCACGGUGAAUCCACAUAAGAUGUUGGGUAUACCAAACACCUGUUCUUUCUUGUUAUUACCCCACGUAUCACAAUUCCAAACUGCGUUAUCAUUACAAGCUCCAUAUUUAUUCCAUGGUCGUGAAUCAGGAGAAGAGAAUUUCGAUUUAGCUGAUGGUACAAUGGGAUGUGGAAGACGUAGUGAUGCGCUUAAGUUCUAUUUAGCUUGGUUAUAUUAUGGAUUUGAAGGGUUUGAGAAAAGAGUUAAUCAUGCUUAUGAAAUCAUGCAUUAUUUCGUGAAGAGGAUUAGACAAGAUGAGAAUUUCGAAUUGGUUAGUGAUCCUCAAUGUUUGCAAGUUUGUUUCUAUUAUCAUCCACCGGGAUGUAAAUUUGAUAACACAUAUGUCACGAGAUAUGUUUCGAGGGAAUUACAUAAAUUAGGAAAGUAUCUUGUUGAUUUCAGUCCAAAUCCUGGACAUGAUGAACAAGGUGAAUUCUUCCGAGUUGUUUUCAAUUCACCAAUUUUGACUGAUGCUGUGAUUGAUGAUUUGGUUAGAUCUAUUGUUGAAGUGGGAUCUCAUUUACAAUAG